AUUACCCCUAAACACUAAAACCCUCCAAUUUCAUUUUUAGGGUUUAACAACUCCGUCGUUCUCUUCCUUCCACCUCCAUAAUUGAAAAUUUCAGGGUUUAACACUUCACUCUCUCUCCUCCUCUAAAAAGCCCUAAUUCUACCACCAUGAAUUACAGGUUCCAAAAUCUCCUAGGAGCUCCAUACAGGGGUGGAAACGUCGUCGUUUCCGGCAACAAUCGCUUAAUUUCAUCAGUCGGAAAUCGUAUUUCUGUAACUGACCUAAUUAAAUCGGAGACAAUAACUUUACCAUGUCAAUCUUCAGCUAACAUCUCUCGUGUAUGCGUAUCACCUGACGGAAACUUCAUCUUGGCCGUUGAUGAGAAUAGUAGGUCUCAAUUCAUCAAUCUCCACCGUCGGAUUGUUCUUCAUAGAAUUACCUUCAAGGGUAAAGUUUCUGCCCUUCAAUUUAGCCCUAAUAGUCAAUUUAUUGCUGUUUCUGUUGGUAAAUUAAUUCAAAUUUGGCGGUCUCCUGGUUUUAGGAAGGAUUUUUUCCCAUUUGAGCUUGUUAGGACUUUUGCUGAUUUUGAUGAUACUGUUACUUGUUUGAAUUGGAGCCCCGAUUCGAGGUAUUUGAUUGCCGGUUCGAGGGAUUUAACUGUUAGGUUGUUUUGUUUGAGGAGAUUGGAUGAGGUUAAGAGUAAUAAGCCUUUUUUGUUUCUUGGUCAUAGAGAUGUUAUUGUCGGUACAUUUUUCGGGGUUGAUAAGAAGACGGGAAAGGUUUUGCGGGUUUAUAGUGUUUCGCGUGAUGGGGGGUUGUUUAGUUGGGUUUGCUCUGAUUUCGAUGGUAAGUUGGGUGGAUUAGGAGAGGGGGAUGAGGAAAUGGCUGACCCGCCUUCUCCUGGGACGCCUGAAAAGAUGGACGAGGAAGGUGGUAUUGGUGGCGGUGAUGCUAAUGGUGUUGAGCAUGUGAAAAAGAGGAAAGAGUUUGAUGGGAAAGAAAAGGACUUUGAGGAUGAGGAGAGUGAGGUUUUCUUGCAUAAGCUUAAGUGGGAGUUGCUAAAGAAAGAUUAUUUUAAGCAAGCACCGGCUAAAGUAACAGCCUGUGAUUAUCACCAGGGGCUUGAUCUAGUGGUUGUGGGGUUCUCAAGCGGGGUUUUCGGGUUGUACCAAAUGCCUGAUUUUGUUUGCAUUCAUUUGUUGUCAAUAUCACGAGAGAAGAUCACUACCGCUGUUUUUAAUGAUCUGGGUAACUGGUUGACCUUCGGAUGUGCAAGACUUGGCCAGUUGCUUGUGUGGGAGUGGAAGUCAGAAAGUUAUAUUUUGAAGCAGCAGGGCCAUUAUUUUGACGUGAAUUGUCUUGCUUAUUCUCCUGAUUCUCAGCUUUUGGCUACUGGAGCUGAUGAUAACAAAAUCAAGGUCUGGAAUGUUUCAUCUGGCUUUUGUUUUGUAACAUUUCCUGAGCAUACGAAUGCAGUCACAGCCCUGCAUUUUAUGGCUAACAAUCAUAGCCUUUUAAGUGCAUCUUUGGACGGAACAGUUCGUGCAUGGGACCUUUUCCGGUAUCGAAACUUUAGGACAUUUACUACACCUUCUUCUAGACAAUUUGUAUCUUUGACAGCCGAUCAGAGUGGUGAAGUGAUAUGUGCUGGAACUUUAGAUUCAUUUGAGAUUUUUGUUUGGUCAAUGAAAACAGGACGCUUGCUUGAUGUUCUAAGCGGUCAUGAAGGCCCUGUUCAUGGAUUAAUGUUUUCUCCAACAAAUGCAAUAUUAGCUUCGUCUUCAUGGGACAAAACCGUACGGUUAUGGGAUGUUUUUGAAGGGAAGGGUUCUGUUGAGACAUUUCAGCACGUUCAUGAUGUUCUUACUGUUGUUUACCGUCCAGAUGGUAAACAACUAGCUUGCAGCACAUUAGAUGGACAAAUUAAUUUUUGGGAUCCCUUUGAUGGUUCGUUAAUGUAUACAAUUGAGGGCCGUAGAGAUAUUGCUGGAGGUCGUUUGAUGACUGAUCGCAGAUCAGCAGCUAACUCCACUUCAGGGAAGCACUUUACAACCUUGUGCUAUUCCGCUGAUGGAAGUUACAUACUGGCUGGUGGGAAUAGUAAAUUUAUGUGUAUGUAUGAUGUUGCUGAGCAGGUGUUACUGCGUAGGUUUCAAGUAACUCACAACCUUUCACUUGAUGGGGUCCUAGACAUCUUAAACUCAAAAAAGAUGACAGAAGCUGGUCCACUUGAUUUAAUUGAUGACAAUAAUAGUGACACAGAGGAAGGCAUUGACAAACAAACACGGGGAAAGCUGGGUUUGGAUUUGCCAGGGUCUACGCCUAACCGUGGGAGGCCUGUUAUUCGAACAAAGUGCCUGAAAAUUGCACCUACUGGACGCAGCUUUGCGGCAGCAACGACAGAAGGAGUGCUGGUAUAUUCAGUGGAUGAAUCCUUUAUUUUUGAUCCCACUGAUCUUGACAUAGAUGUUACUCCUGAGGCAGUUGAUGCAGCACUCAAUGAAGAUCAACCAAGCAGAGCUCUAAUCCUUAGUCUUAGACUAAAUGAAGAUUCACUCUUGAAAAAAUGUAUUCUUGCAGUCAAUCCUGCCGACAUACCAUCUGUUGCUUCAUCAAUCCCUGUCAUAUACUUGCAAAGAUUAUUUGAUGCAUUGACCGACCUUUUGGAGGGUUGCCCCUUUUUAGAGUUCAUUCUUAGAUGGUGUCAGGAGAUCUGCAAAGUUCAUGGUCAUUCUAUCCAACAAAAUUCCAAAAAAUUGCUUCCGGCUUUGAAAUCUUUGCAGAAAGCAAUAAUUAGUUCACAUCAGGAUUUGGCAGAGAUGUGCUCCUCAAAUGAAUAUACACUAAGAUAUCUAUGUUCAACAAGCAUGAAUAAAUGAUGUGGAUGAGAUUAUUGUUAUGAUCCCGUGUUAUCCUCUACUUUUGACUGUAGAAGUUCAUGAUCAAGAGACUGCUCAUUGGAGGAACAAUCAAGGGGUAUUAACCGUUCAAGGGAAGAACUUGUUGGGUUUGAGGAUAUUGUGCGAACGAAUGAGAAAACUAAGGGACCAGAUUAUGAAUAUAUGCCAUGGAAGGGGCAAAGGAGAUUAAUGAAUGACCAUUUAAUCUUGUUUAGUGUAUGUUUUAUUAACGUGGAAGUUCGUAGGUGCUUUGGAUGAAUGAACUGGAUACGGUGACACUGGUUGUACUUGCAGAUGAAGAUGUGAAGACUUGGCCAAUGAAUGGUGAAGGAGCUUCAAAGAGAUUAAAGUUACUAUAGUAAGGUUUGUGAAACAGGAGGCACAUUGUAAUGUAGGUUAUUUCAUACAAUUAAGUAGCUUUAUAGAAUCGACAUAAAAGCUUUUUUUUUGGUACUCGAUCUAGUUUUUUGUGUACUUAUUGGCUAUUGCUACAUGGCAAGAGGUGUGGAUGUAAAGAAUACUGCAGUUUAUUUAACUAAAUUUUAUUUAACUAAAUUAGUGAAUGUCCUAGGCGAUGUUUGGGUUA